AAAAUUGUGCAAAGACAGAGUUUUCUUUCCAGGGAACUAAUUGAAAUUUUGGCAAUUUCAAGAAACCAGAAGCUUCCACAACCAGGAGAGGAGAACCAGAUCCUGGAACUGCUCAUUCAGAGAGAUGGAGAGUUUCAAGAGCUAAUGAAGUUGGCAGUUGAUCAGGGGAAAAUCCAUCAUGAAAUGCAGCUUUUAGAAAAGGUAGUAGAAAAGAGGGAUAAUGAUAUUCAGCAGCUGCAGAAACAACUAAAAGAAGCAGAGCACAUAUUGGCAACAGCUGUUUAUCAAGCAAAGGAGAAGCUGAAAUCAAUUGAAAAGGCAAGAAAGG